ACUGCACAGAGUCCAUAUAAAUUUUGGUUUGGUGAGCCAAAUAAUACGGCGCCCUUUUCUUUUCGAUCAAUAAAUUAAUUGUUCCCCGUAUUGCAAGGAUGAAUGCAUUGUACAAACCCACGACAUCGGUCUUCUAUUGUUAAAACCCUCACCCGGUUUUUUUUCCAUAAACCCGAUGCUGUAUAUAUUGCACCGGGUCAGCGAGAUAUGUGCGAGUUGGAAUGUUUUCAGCAUCAACUUCUGAAUUUUAAAACAGUCUGACAGGAUUUCAUAGUUUACUUGUGUGACAGCGGACCCGUCAAUAAGUGGUAUUAUCAGGAAGAUUUAUAAGCAUGGUCGAUCUCUUUAUUCAUCAGUAGGAACAGGAACUGACAGAUUGAGAACCUUAAUUUGUGUAUUUUGGAUAAGCGAAAGUUUUGUGCAAUGGCAACUGCAGAAACGAGUUCCUUUAUAGCGUCUAGUCCAAACAACAAUGACGUUGAUGAUAUCACCCAGUUUUCAAUGAAGGAGGUGGCUCUUCAUUCAGAUCGUGGUUCGUGUUGGCUUGUCAUUAAAGAUUUUGUCUAUGAUGUGACGUCAUUUAUUUCAGAGCAUCCUGGCGGAUGGGAAAUUAUUAUGGAGAGGGCAGGUACUGACGCAACUUAUGCCUUCGAGGGGAAGGGUCAUUCUGAAGACGCAAAGAAGCUGCUAGCUGGCUUUAUGAUUGGUCAAUUAAAUACGAACGAGCGUCUGGAGAAAGGUUGACAACUACUAGUCCUUGUUUUUAUUAUUAAGUUAAAUGGUAAAUCUAUCAUAAAUAUGCAAUAUCACGGUGUCUUCUUGUCUUAUGAGAAAUAAAGAAGUCUAUUUUUUUUAAGUGUAUAGUAUAGCAAUUGAGUUUUAAUCGCAAUGUUUUUUUUCCUGAUAUAUAUUCUUAUGUGCAGAUAUGAAUCAAGAAUAUAAAUCCUUUUAUUUUGCACCUGGGUAGGUGUGGUUUCGAUUGCUUAUAGAAGAAUUAAGAAGGCAUUUGUUAUAGCUUUUGUGAAUAAUACUGGUAUAUUCUUCUAUACUGUCUUUCACUCUUAAAUAUCUUGUGAUGAUAAUGCUGCAAACAAGUAAAUAUACACCAUUAUGGCAAAAAUAAAUCCAUUUCAAAUUUUAAUGAAUUGUUUAUUGUAGCCUGCGUCAGCUGUAUGUAAACUACAAGAUGGACCUAGGGGCUUCCAGGGUCUUUGUGAGAAUACUAGGAAACUGGCACAUAUUGAAAAGAUAUGAUUUAUGUUAUCAGGCAUAAAUCAUAAGUAUUAUAGUGAUAACAAUAUACCACGAGGGUAAUUCUUGAUUGAUUUUUAUCAUAUUUAUUACAUACACGUAUGUAUUCAUUUGCUUUAUACUAUGUAUUUGUUUACGGUACCUCUAUAAUGUAAGAUUAUGCUAAAGUACUGGAGUGGAUCAUAUAUUUCAUAAAAGUGGGGGCAUGUUAUGGCACAUUAAGGUAUAAUUGCACAUUUUGGUAAAUUACCAAACGGCACAUAUUAGUAAAUUGCACAUUUGGGUAAUUUAACAAAAACGUGCAAUUUACCAAAAUGUGCCGUAACAGGGUGCACUAAUCUUUUUAAACUAGAAAUUUGACGUGUCCAAAGGACACAGAUGCCCCCGCUUAACGCAAUCAGAAAUUCAUUCAAUAUGAUUGAACUAAAUAUCGUGCAGAAACCAAUAUGCAUAUAUGAAAUGAACAAAUUAAGACCUUUGAACCAACUCGCAUAUAUAAUGAGCUUUGACCUGUGGACUCCGAAUUUAAACUUAGCCUGUAUUUUGGAGUCAUCUACCUACACACCAAAAUUUUUUUUAAUCUGUUGAAUAUUUCAUAAGUUAUUAUGUGGAAACCAACUAGCAUAUUUAAUGAGCUGUGACCUUUGACCUGCGGACUCUGAAUUCGAACUUAGCCUUUAUUUUGGUGUCAUCUACCUACACACCAAAAUUAUUUGAAAUCCAUUAAAUACUUUUUGAGUUAUUGCGUGGAAACCAACUCACAUAUUUAAUGAGCUGUGACCUCUGACCUGCGGACUCCGAACUUAGCCUGUAUUUUGGUGUCAUCUACCUACACACCUAAAAUUUUCAAAAUCCAUUAAAUAUUUUUUCGAGUUAUUGCGCGGAAACCAACUCGCAUAUUUAAUGAGCUAUGGCCUUUGACACCGAAUCUGAACUUAGCCUGUAUUUUGGUGUCAUCUACCUACACAUCAAAUUUUUUUUAAUCUGUUGAAUAUUUCAUAAGUUAUCAUGCGGAAACCAACUCGCAUAUUUAAUGAGCUGUGACACUCGCAUAUUAAAUGAGCUGUGACCUUUCACCUGCGGACUCCGAAUUCGAAAUUAGCCUGUUUUUGGUGUCAUCUACCUACACACCAACAUUUUUUUAAAUCCAUUAAAUAUUUUUCGAGUUAUUGCGCGGAAACCAAGUGGGGGGACGGACGGACGGACAGGGGCAACGCUUAAUUCCCCCUCCGGACUUCGUCUGCGGGGGCAUAAAAAAUGUUCUGAGAUUCAAAUAUUACUAUAAAUCCUCCGACAAGCAAACAUCACCUGCCCCCCCCCCAAAAAAAAAGGUGCAUUUUAGCAAUAUUUUCUUUAAAUUAAUACAAGCGUUAUCACUUCAGAUAAGUCGCCCCCCGCAAAAAAAAUUAAAUAAAUCAACAGAUCUGCAGCCAGUAAGCUCCUACAAAUCCCAGAGGUCAUUCUCUACAUCUUCUGCAUCUGCUACUAAGCACCCGCGUCCAGAAAAAAGGCGUGGAAAACGGUCUCAUGACAUAAUGGUUGCCUUUUCAGCACCAUUCGUAGGUACAUGUAUCAAAUUACGGAUUUCCAUAACUUUUCACAUGUGUUCUGCCAUUUAGGGCUGCAAAUUUAGUUGUGAAGAUUGCGCCAAUUAGGAUGCACUUUUGAGGUUGUUGGACAUGGGUGGGUAUAGCAGGUCAUAAGGAGAGUGACCCAUGGGUUACAGAUUUAUUAUAUACCUCUUUUUAAUAAGUACUCCUGAAUGUACACCUGUACUUUGAUGAUGCUGAAAUCAAUUAAAACUAUGGUGAUAUGAGAGCAAA